CAGACAACAUCUGGCGGCACAACUGGGUACCUUAUCACCAACAUUGGUGUUCGCGAUCUACGACAACCGAGCAGCGAAAUGGCUACGACUUUGGUUAGGUGCAGGGAAAUAGUGCGAAAAGUUAGUGUCAUUGCCUUGAAAAAUCAAUUUGACAAUUGUAUGAGUCAAGGGUUUCGAGCGCAGAGUACUGUCGCAAGAUCACUUGUAUAUCCCGAAUAUGGAGAACCUUCGAAAGUGAUACAACAAUUGGAGCAACCUCUUGCAGCACCCAAGGAUAAUGAGGUGGUGCUGCGCAUGCUGGCCGCGCCGGUGAACCCGGCCGACAUCAACACGAUCCAGGGCGCGUACCCGCUGAAGCCGCCGCUGCCGGCGGUGGCGGGCAACGAGGGCGUGGGCGAGGUGGUGGCGACGGGCGGCGCCGUCAAGGCCCUGUGCGUGGGCGACCGCGUCGUGCCCAAGCACACGGGCUGGGGCACCUGGCGCACGCACGCGCUCUGCAGGGAGGACGACCUCAUCAAGAUAUCCAAGAAGCUGGGAAUUAUAGAAGCAGCUACGCUUACAGUGAAUCCUUGCACAGCAUAUCGGAUGCUGAAAGACUUUGUAAAACUGAAGCCUGGAGACACAGUGAUUCAGAAUGCUGGCAACAGUGCUUGUGGCCAAUAUGUUAUACAACUUUGUAAAGUUUGGGGACUGCGAAGCAUCAACAUAGUUCGAAAUAGAGCCAAAAUUGAUGAACUGAAGUGUUUCUUAACUGAUCUAGGUGCUACAUAUGUAAUUACGGAAGAGGAAACUAAAAAACUGGAUUUAUUCAAAAGUGGAACGGAACCCAAACCAAAACUUGCUCUCAAUGCAGUUGGAGGCAAAAAUGCAAUGGAGAUGCUCCGGCAUUUGGACAACGGAGGUUAUAUGGUCACUUAUGGAGGCAUGUCUCGUGAACCAGUGAUGUUACCCACCUCGGCACUCAUUUUCAAAGAUAUCCGAUGUGUGGGGUAUUGGAUGUCAAGAUGGAGCAAGAUAAAUGUAGAUAGUGAUGAACGGCGUCGAAUGUUUGAUGAGCUGAUUGGACUAAUGGUUGCCAAGCAAUUGAAAGCUCCUCUUCAUACUGUUAUACCCUUUACACAGUUUCAGGAGGCACUGUCAAACACAAUUAACCCUAAAGGAUUUGCGGGAACUAAAUACAUUCUUGAUUUCCAAUGUCAGUAAAUUAUUUUGUGCAUUUAUAUUUAAAUACACAUUGUGCAUUUUUUUGCUUAUGUAUUCCUUUGUACAGUUCCGGGAGUUUCUGCAUUGUGCUGUGAAAUAUUUUUAGACAGAGAUUAAAUAACAUUCACUGAAUCAAUAUGUGAAUUUAAAUAUUUGUGUUUUCAUUAAAAUAACAUGUUACCCAGUUUCCUUAGUUCAUUCGUUCUACUCUUCAUGUCACCAUUUGAAGCUAUUAGUGGUCAAGUUAAUUGAUAUGAGUGGCAACCCUCAGCCAGAUACCAAUUUAGAAGUGAAAAAUAUUUAAAAAUUUAAUUUAAUUAAUACCUUGUAAAAUUAUUUGAAGUUGUCACAAAGGUGCAUAUUUUUUAAUUUGGGAGAAAAUUUUUAUAAUUGAAUUUUUCUUUAACUUCUUUUCUUAACUUCCAAUCACUGCUAUAGUACUUCCUUCCAUAUAACUCAUACAGUUCUUAUUGUUUCUUUGGCAAUAAACCUCAUCUUCACAAAACCCCUUAAGUGUGCUACUGACGAAGAAGGAAUUACUCCUAGCCUUACAUCAAAAAAUUAUACAAGAAUACAGUACCAAUAUUUAGGACUACAUUGAUUAAAA